CUCUCUCUCUCUUUAUCUCUCUUUCUUUCUUUUAGAGUGAGAAUUCAAUAGAAGAGAAGAUGUCAAGAAGAAUAAGUGAUGAUGCAGUGGUCGUGGUAGAGGUAGAAGACGACGCCUCCUCUGAUGGGAAACGAAGCUCACAAGACGAAGGAGUAAUCAACAAGGAACUAGAAGAGAAGAAGCUUUCAUGGCAAAACCUCCGCCGACAUGACUCCUUGUUCGCCGAAUCCGGUAAAUUAGGUGGUCGGGAUGCCCACCACCAUUCCAAGGUGGUGGAUCGAACGGUGAUAUUGCAACUAGCGUUCCAGAGCAUAGGUAUAGUAUAUGGUGACAUCGGGACGUCACCAUUGUAUGUAUACUCAAGCACGUUUUCUGAUGGGAUCAAGAACAACGAUGACAUACUUGGUGUUCUAUCCAUCAUAAUCUACACGCUUUCCCUUCUCCCUCUCAUCAAGUACAUCUUCAUCGUUCUCCAAGCCAAUGACAACGGCGAUGGAGGAACUUUCGCGCUAUAUUCGUUGAUAUGUAGGUAUGCUAAGGUGGGGCUGAUACCAAGUCAACAAGCGGAGGACAAAGAAGUGUCAAACUUCCAGUUAGAAUUACCCAAUCGCCGCCUCCAACGAGCGUCGAAGGUGAAGGCGAAGCUUGAGAAUAGCAAAUUCGCUAAGAAUUUCAUCCUUUUCGCUACCAUGUUAGGUACUUCUAUGGUCAUCGGUGAUGGCAUUCUCACCCCUUCUAUCUCAGUCUUAUCAGCAGUGGGAGGUAUCACGCAAGCUACAAGUGCAGUGAGUCAAAAUGGAAUUGUUUGGAUAUCAGUGGGGAUAUUGAUAUGUCUGUUCCUAUGUCAAAGAUUUGGAACUGACAAAGUUGGGUAUAGCUUUGCUCCAAUUAUAUGUGUAUGGUUUGCCUUCAUCGGCGGCACUGGUCUUUUCAACUUCAUCAAGUAUGAUCCUGCUGUUAUAAAGGCCCUUAACCCAAAAUACAUCAUAGAUUACUUCCACAGAAACAAGAAGCAAGCAUGGAUUUCUCUUGGCGGUAUCGUACUUGCUGCAACAGGAACUGAAGCAUUGUUUGCUGAUGUUGGACACUUCACAGUUAGAUCAAUACAAAUAAGUAUGUGCUCAAUAACAUUCCCUUCUCUUAUCUUGGCAUACACUGGCCAAGCAUCCUACCUCCGUAAGCAUAAUGAAGACGUAGCUCAUACAUUUUAUAAAUCAAUUCCAGGUGGUUUGUAUUGGCCUAUGUUUGUGGUAGCCAUUAUGGCAGCAAUCAUAGCCAGUCAAGCCAUGAUCUCUGGUACCUUCUCCAUCAUCCAACAGUCAUUGUCACUUGGAUGCUUCCCUCGUGUCAAGAUAGUUCACACAUCAGCAAAGUAUGAAGGACAAGUUUACAUCCCUGAGAUCAAUUACAUGCUAAUGGUGGCUUCUGUAGCAGUUACUCUGGCUUUCAAGACAACUACUAAGAUUGGAAAUGCCUACGGGAUUGCUGUGGUGUUUGUGAUGACGCUCACAUCAUGCUUUUUAGUACUGAUCAUGAUAAUGAUAUGGAAAACCAACAUACUCCUUGUAAUUGUUUAUGUUCUAACCAUAGGCACGGUUGAGCUCCUUUAUCUAAGUUCAGUGCUCUACAAAUUUGAUCAAGGUGGGUAUCUCCCCUUGGCAUUUUCUGCUUUCCUAAUGUCCAUAAUGUUUGUGUGGAACUAUGUACACCGAAAGAAAUACUAUUAUGAGCUAGAGCACAAGACAUCCCCUGCAAAGCUUAAAGAGAUAGCCUCAAACACCAACUUAAACCGAAUCCCUGGACUCGCCAUCUUCUACUCUGAACUAGUACAAGGGAUCCCACCCAUCUUCGAGCACUACAUAGCAAAUGUUCCAGCAUUGCAUUCAGUCCUUGUCUUCGUCUCUAUCAAAUCACUACCAAUGAGCAAGGUUCCAGUGGAGGAGCGGUUCCUCUUCAGGCGAGUUGAGCCACGUGAACUUAAUGUCUUCCGUUGUGUUGUUAGGUAUGGAUACACUGAUAUACACAAUGAGAAUGAGCCCUUUGAAAGAACUUUGGUGAACAGAUUAAAGGAGUACAUAAGUGAGGACUUGUGGAUAUCUCCGGUAAUGGGCAGUGGCAGCGGAGGGGAAGGAAGCAUUGAGAUGAAUGCUAGAAGUGUGGAGGAGGGGGGAAGGACUACUGUUGAUGAAGAGAAGAAAGGUGAAGUAGUGGAGUAUGAGCUAAAGGAGGUGGACAGGGGUCGGCAAGCAGGCAUCGUUCACUUAAUUGGCGAGAGUGAUGUGAUGGCUGGAAAAGGUUCUGGAUUUGGUAAGAAGGUAUUGAUAAACUAUGCUUAUAACUUCUUGAGGAGGAAUUUGAGACAAAAUUCUAAGGUGUUUGAUAUCCCUCCUACGCGUCUCCUGAAAGUAGGAAUGACAUAUGAUCUUUAGAUCAUCAGGGAAUGAAGGACUACGAAAAGAAAGGAACAAAAGGUAACUGAAUCUCUCUCUCUCUCUCUCUGUCUCUCACACACACUCUCUUUUUUACAAUGGACACCUUAAUGGAAAAUGAAAAGGAGCAGAAAUCAAGUUACAAGAGAAGCAGAGUUGACCACACCAGAGUUAUAUUUGUACAUGGAAUACAGGAAUUAUCAAAUAUUAAAUAAAUGGGUCCUUAAUUUCUUUUCCUCUUUCAAUAACUAGUGCUUGAAGAAAAAAAUUGUGAUGUAAGCAUCCUGUAACGGGUUAUGUACAUUAACUUGUAUUUCAGAAACUUGCAGUUUAUGAUUGGAAGUACUUAUCUUUGCAUUUUGUUAUUUA